AUGUUGGAUGUUUUGUCGUUCUUGUGCAGGUCAUUAUCACGUGAUGGUUGUCGUGCUGCUGAUGCCGGUGAUGAUGCAGCGACUGAUAUGUACACUUAUAAUGCUGUCCUGGAAACACCCAGUAAAGCAGUAAAAAGCGAAAUGGACAUGGAAGACGAUAAGUAUGGCUUCGAAUUGCUGUGUGAAACAAAUCCCAUUUUCGCAGAUAUCUGUCCGCGAAGCACUCCCUUCUGUUCAUCGGUCUUUGACGUCCCCGAACAAGCCAAUGGACCAUUAGAAAGCAGUUUGUGCGAACCAGCGAGUUUUUUGGAACAGCAUAUGGCGACUGCUCCGGCUAGUAGGACGGGUAAUGAGUUGAUCGUUUUACCGUCAAGAAGGACUGUGCCAUCUGCAAACGAAACUCGCUUGUUGUCACAGAGUGUGGGUGCUGUUUCAAAAUCGACUUCUUCUGUCGCAGAUUCGUCCUCACAACUUGCAGAAGAAACGGUGGAAGUGGUAAGUCGUUAUUAUUCUUGCUCUUUGCUAAUCUGUUUUUCAAAUUAA